UUCUUCUUCUGCCGCUGAGCCACCCCUCUUUGCACCAUGCCGCUCAGCCAGACCCCUCAAUGCUCCCUAGGGUUUGCUCAUCUCCUUUAUUUCAGGAGAUGCAGCGAAAAAGGUCUGAACCUCGAUCUCAUCUGCCCCUUUUCUCUGUGUAACGCCCCCCUCUCUCUCUCUAAGGGCUUUUACCCAUUCCUACAGAAAAUGUGGAUGCCCAAAUAUGCGGAUUAUGCAUUCACCGUUUUCAAUUCUAGGGAUUGCCUGUAACUCUGGUUCUGUAAUUCUUCUGAAUUGAUUUAAAAUAAAGGCUGAUUGAUUGUUAGGGUUUGGGGGUAAUUUGGUUGGGUUUAAUGGAAUGUGGUGGUGUCGGUGAAGAAGAAAAAAAAAGAGUAUUGCUGCAGGGGAUGCAACUUCUUCUCUCUCUUCUCCGAUGCCACAGAGUUGGCAGCCUCCACCAAAAUGCCGUUCCAAGGUUUAGAUAUUCUGCAAGGCAGACGGGACUUCUCGCCGAAUCUCUUUUUUGCACGACCCCCCAGCCCGCAGGUCCGUACGGAGAGCCCGCACUCACGGAGAGCCAGCACAUGUGCCCUCACGCACGGAAAGCCCGCAUCAUGUGCCCUCACGCACGGAAAGCCCGCAUCACGCGCGGAGAGCCCGCAUCACAUGCCCUCACGCACGGAGACCCCGCAUCACAUGCCCUCAUGCACAAAAGAGCCCACAAACAAGAGCCCGCAUCACGAACUCGCACAAACAAGAGCCCGCACCAUGAACCCACAUACAGAAUCCCGCACCAUGAACCCGCAUACAGAAUUCCGCACGAGUGCCCACACAUAUGGAUGGAGAGCCCGCACGAGUGCCCUCACUUUAGAGAGCCCGCACGAGUGCCCUCACGCACGGAGAACCCGCACGAGUGCCCUCACGCACAGAGAGCCCGCAUCACAUGCCCUCACGCACAGAGAGCUCGCAUCACAUGCCCUUACGCAUAGAGAGCCUGCAUCACAUGCCCUCACGCACAGAGAUCCCGCACGAGUGCCCUCACGCAAGGAGAUCCCGCACGAGUGCCCUCACGCAUGGAGAUCCUGCACAAGUGCCCUCACACACGGAGAUCCCGCACGAGUGCCCUCACGCAUGGAGAGCCCGCAUCAUGAACCCGCACUCACUGAGAGCUUGCAUGACGAACCCGCACUCACUGAAAGCCCGCACGACGAACCCGCACGAACAAGAGCCCAUAGCACGAUCCCGCACGUACAGUAUCCUGCACGAGUGCCCACACAUACGGAAAGCCCGUACGAGUGCCCUCACGCACGGAGAGCCCAUACGUGUAGCUGCACGCACGGAAAGCCCGUACGAGUAGCUGCACGCACGGAGAGCCCGUACAAGUAGCCGCACGUACGGAUAGCUCGUACGAGUAGCCGCAUGCAGGGAGAGGUGCCUGUACGCGUAGCCGCACGCAGGGAGAGGUGCCCAUACUAGUAGCCGCACGCAGGGAGAGGUGCCCAUACUAGUAGCCGCACGCAGGGAGAGGUGCCCGCACAAGUGCCCACACGCAUGGAGGUGCCCGCAUGAAAGGAGAGCCCGCAGGAGUGGUUGCACGCACGAGUGCCAGCACGCACGGACAUCCCAUACGAAUGCCCGCACGCACAGAGAGCCCACACCACAUGCCCGUACGGAUGGAGAGCCCGCAUUACAUGCCCGCAUGAACGGAGAGCCCGGUCGAGUGCCCGCACGCACAGAGAGACCGCACGCAUGGAGAUCCCACACGAAGGCAUGAAGAUCCAGCACGCACGCGCGAUGAGCCAUCGGUUAUAGAUUUGGUCUUUUCGUUUAGAUAAUUUAAUAAGUUUAUUUUAAAAUAAAGAAAGAAAAAAAAAAGCGGACCAAUGAAUCGUCGGUUUCGAUCUUCAUGCGAUACCUUCGAUGGAAAGGCAGAAUCAGUAGUUUAAAAAACGGAUCGGUGGCCCGGAUCGGGCACCCCAAAAACCCAUCCGGAUCGGUGAAUCGGCGAUCUAGAUCGGGAAUAAAACGAAUUGGUUGGAUUAAGCUUUAAAAAAAUCUAAAAAAAUUAUUAAAAUUCAUUAUAAAUGUUGUGUUUUAGGAAUCCAAUAAGA